AGUCUUAAUUCAUGUUGUAUUCCUUUGCGACGCGCGCAACUGGCAACUGCUUUCGUGUUUUUUUAAACAGUGCGAAUUUUCGGGAAUUGUCUAUCUAUCGGCAGUAUUACUGCUGAAAAACGCUCUUUGAGAAUAGCCUUGCGAUUUUGGUGGUGAACUUUUCCUUUUCGACUUAUUGCAGUGAAUAAUCACGAUGGCUCCUCCCAAGCUGACGUACUUCUCUGUGAAAGGGCUCGGCGAGCCGGUUCGUUUCAUCCUGUCCUACGCCAACGUAGAAUUCAUCGAUGACAGAGUCAACUUCGUCGAGGAUUGGCCCAAAGUGAAACCAACCACACCAUUUGGGAAGCUGCCCGUUUUAGAAGUGGACGGAAAAAAGGUCCCUCAAGCAUCUGCAAUUUGUCGUUACUAUGCCAAAAAAUGUGGUCUCGUUGGUAAAGAUGACUGGGAAGACUUGCUGAUCGACGCCACAGUGGGAACCUUCGAUGAUAUGCGACAAGCUAUUUCAACCUAUUUUUACGAUCAAAACGAAGAAUCAAAGAAGAAAAAGUUGGAUUUAUUGAUCAAAGAAACUAUUCCAUUCUAUAUGGAGCGAUUGGAGAAGCAAAUAAAAGAAAACGGCGGCUAUUUAGUGAACGGAAAGCUGACAUGGGCGGACUUGUGGGUCGUUUCGCUACUGGAUCUAGUGAAUAAAUACACAGAGCGCACCCUGGAAGAAAAAUAUCCUCUUAUCAUAGCCCUGAAGGAAAAAGUAUUGGCUAUUCCUUCGAUUAAAGCUUGGGUUGCCAAAAGGCCGGUUACCGACUGGUGAUCAAAUUAUUUGAAUAAAACAUGUAUUUUGUACUUUCAAGAGUUGUUCUCCUUCUUUUGACAGUAUUUAUUAAAUCUUCAUUACACCUAAAGCUUCAGUUUCGUAGUAUUUUUACCGAUGACGUUUUAUGUGCAACUCAGGUUCUAUAGUUCCAUUUCUGACAAUUAUGUAAACACAGUCAAUCCGUGUGCUCCCAAAAUCUAAUGUUAGCGGAACGGCGUAUGUAAGCGCAUAUGAGCGCAAAUUUUCCAAACUUUUCGUUCAUGUAAUUAUUAAGAGUUCGUAAUCACCUACUGUGACAAAUUGUUUUGUGUUCUGUUAAUUUUCAACGUGUUGGUGUUGUUCAUGCAAUAAAGUUCUUUUUCUCUCUCUUUUUAAC